AUAACAUGGCGGUACUCGAUCGCCGUUAGUCGAUGUACAGACGCCGGUAGAUUUGGAUCAUUCUUCUGAAUCAGAUAAAAUAAAUAGUGAUUAUGAUUGAAAAUUCACAAACAUUCUACACUGUCAUUAUUUGUACAAAUUAUGACAUGAUUUAAUAUUCAUUGUUUUAUCUGAACAAUUUGUCGAGUGUCGAUUGUAAAAAAACUCACUGCACGCGUUAAGUGACAUUUAUAAGAAUUUACUCUGACAUCAUUCGAAAACGCGAUUUAAGACUCUGUUGCCAAUGAUUGACAGCAAAAACGAAGAAGGCGGUGAAUCUUGUCAACCAUUUGAAUCUGUUUUGAAACACUUGGGACUGCAUCAUAAAGAUAUUCUGUAAAUAGCUUGCAGAUUUUGUGUCACGUCGUUGAUCGUGUUACGAGGUGUUUCGUCACAGGCCAAUUUAUCGAUUCAGAGCGGGAAAAUAUUAUACGGGCGUACAAUGUAAGGACGUACACGUGUGUCUCGUUUAUAAUUUUAUUAUUAAAAUGGCUCCGACUAUUUACUUGUCGGAGAUACCUGUUGUAAGAACAUCUACAAUCCCAUGUUCACGGCGAAGACAAAGGAUUCAUAAUGGAGCUGUUGCAAAACAACAAAGGCUAGAAAUUAGACGAUUAGAAACGAAUGAGUCCUCACGCGAUAAUGGGUCUUUGACACCACCGGAAAAUUCUCUCUGGGAACCAGAAAAUUCCAAUGACUCCUGUGAUCCGACAAUCGUUAGUUCUUCCUUUCCAAAUGUUUCUGCUAGAGUUCCAGUGGACACAAAGGAACACUGGAAAGUGUUUCUAGCGAGACGAAAAGGUCUUCUAGACAUUGUCGUACGUACUAUGGCUCUGAUACGGCGAAACAACAUUCUUCAAGAAAGAGUAAACGCCCUGCGCGCAGAGACUCGAGACUUUAUUCAUUCAGUAUUGAACAAUCCCGAAAACAAGUGUAUACAACAAAGAUUGGAUAUUAUUGACUGCAAGGAAACGGAUGUGACCUCGUCGACGGAGAAAACUAUACCAAGACCAUCGCUUCCGCCCACACCAAACUCGAUAAAUUCCUCGUCAAACGACGUCACGUCAACCUGUAGUAACAACGAAAACGACUCUGAACAAUCCGACAUCGAAUCGUAAUGUUUGAGAAUCAUGGCGUAAGAAAAAGA